UCGAUUCUCUCUGGAUCCUCAGUGCGGGCGAGAGCGGUGGUAAACAUGGCGUCGGAAGGGAUGAUUUUAACCAACCACGACCACCAAAUUCGAGUCGGAAUUCUAACGGUGAGUGACAGCUGCUUCAGGAAUCUGGCUGAGGACCGCAGUGGAGUAAACCUCAAAGAUCUGGUCCACGACCCGUCACUGCUCGGAGGCAUCAUAUCUUCCUACAAAAUAGUCCCAGAUGAGAUCGACGAGAUUAAGGAGACAUUGGUGGACUGGUGUGAUGAGAAAGAGCUGAACCUGAUCCUGACCACAGGGGGUACAGGCUUCGCCCCUCGUGAUGUCACUCCCGAGGUACAUGGGGACCCCAAAGUUUGUGUUUGUGUCCAUGCCACCAGAGAGGUGAUAGAGCGUGAGGCCCCAGGGAUGGCGCUGGCUAUGCUGAUGGGCUCGCUUCAGGUCACACCUCUGGGCAUGCUCUCCAGGCCUGUCUGUGGAAUCCGAGGGAAAACCCUCAUCAUUAACCUACCUGGUAGCAAGAAGGGCUCACAGGAGUGUUUCCAGUUCAUCCUGCCCGCUCUGCCCCACGCCAUUGACCUGCUGCGUGACGCGGUGGUGAAGGUGAAGGAGGUUCACGAUGCCCUGGAGGACCUGCCCUCACCCCCGCCGCCCCUCUCCCCGCCCCUCACCCUCAACAGCGUCGCCUGCACCCAGACAGAGGAGAAGGGUGUGCAGUGUGAGGAUGAUGAAGAUGAGAAGAUGAAGGACAUCGGGGCGGCGUCCACCGAGGACCACCACCACACCCACUCCCACCACCGCCACUCCCAUUCCCAUGGACACAACUCGCACAUCACCGCCGCCGCCAUCGCUGCCAAGAAGGGGAAACCCCAGCAGCACCAUAACCAUGCUGUUGUCAUGGCAAAAGGUAGCCACUAUCAACCUGGCCUGCUAUCUGACCUCCCCCCAGCCCCACGUAAUUUCACCUGCUUCUGCUCUGGAGACCAGCCGGGAACGAUCCCAGACAGCAUCAUCUCCAGGGGUGUACAGGUUCUUCCCAGAGACACAGCCUCUCUGAGCACCACACCCUCUGAGUCGCCACGCGCCCAGGCCACCUCGCGCCUCUCCACUGCCUCCUGCCCCACACCCAAAGCCGCACGGAGAGAGUUCAGGGCUCACCUGGAUGAGGUCACCACGCUCCAGUCUAGGUACUCUACCUUGGACCAGCUCCACUCUAGGUUGGAGGGGCUCAACGAGGACCACAGAGGCCAUAGCAGAACCUACGACUCGCGAGUUCAGUCGCGGUGUGGCAGCAAAGAGAACAUCCUGAGAGCUAGUCACAGUGCAGUGGACAUCACCAAGGUGGCUCGCCGGCACCGCAUGUCUCCCUUCCCCCUCACCUCCAUGGAUAAGGCCUUCAUCACUGUACUGGAGAUGACACCUGUGCUCGGCACUGAGAUCAUCAACUACAGAGCUGUUCCACCUGACCCAGAUGCUCUCCAUUCCAUCCUGUCUAUCGAUGGGAUGGGUCGAGUCUUGGCGCAGGACGUUUACGCCAAAGACAACCUGCCUCCGUUCCCUGCGUCAGUCAAAGAUGGCUACGCCGUGCGAGCGGCUGAUGGUCCUGGAGAUCGCUUCAUUAUUGGAGAGUCACAGGCAGGACAGCAGCCCACGCACACGGUGAUGCCGGGUCAAGUGAUGAGGGUGACAACGGGGGCUCCUAUCCCCUGUGGGGCGGAUGCUGUGGUGCAGGUGGAGGACACUGAACUGCUCCGAGAGUCUGAGGACGGCACAGAAGAGCUGGAGGUGCGGAUCUUGGUACAGGCACGCCCUGGACAGGACAUCAGGCCUAUAGGUCAUGAUAUAAAGCGUGGGGAGUGUGUCCUGUCCAAGGGAACCCACAUGGGCCCCUCUGAGAUUGGCCUGCUGGCCACCGUAGGAGUCACUGAGGUGGAAGUGCAAAAGUUCCCCGUGGUGGCUGUCAUGUCCACUGGCAACGAGCUGUUGAACCCAGAGGAUGACCUGCACCCAGGGAAGAUCCGGGACAGUAACAGAUCUACACUGCUGGCCACCAUUCAGGAGCACGGAUAUCCUACCAUCAACCUGGGCAUCGUCGGAGACAACCCAGACGACCUCCUCAAUGCCCUGAACGAGGGCAUUAGCCGUGCUGAUGUCAUCAUCACCUCAGGGGGCGUGUCCAUGGGAGAGAAGGACUACUUGAAGCAGGUGCUGGACAUUGACCUCCAUGCCCAGAUCCACUUUGGACGGGUCUUUAUGAAGCCAGGUCUUCCCACCACGUUCGCCACUGUAGACAUUGACGGGGCACGGAAACUGAUAUUUGCUCUACCAGGUAAUUUCACCUUCAGAGACACAGGCGCCAUUCGCAUCGACCCUGUGCCCGACAGUGAGGCAAGCAGGGUGCCCGUGCCACCGCCCCCGCGCGGAAGUAACCCAGUGUCUGCUGUCGUCACCUGUAACCUCUUUGUCAUCCCUGCUCUGAGGAAGAUGCAGGGGAUCCUGGACCCUCGACCCACUAUCAUCAAAGCCAGGCUGUCCUGCGAUGUAAAGUUGGACCCUCGUCCAGAGUACCACCGCUGCAUCCUGACAUGGCACCACCAGGAGCCUCUGCCAUGGGCACAGAGCACAGGAAAUCAGAUGAGUAGUCGACUGAUGAGCAUGAGAAGUGCCAACGGGCUGCUGAUGUUGCCUCCUAAAACAGAGCAAUACGUGGAGCUGCAUAAAGGAGAGGUUGUGGAUGUGAUGGUCAUAGGACGACUAUGAUGAUGUCAUCUUACAGGGACAGAUAGAUAGACAGGAAGAGGAAGUGGUGCAUGUCCACAUAUCAUAACUAUUCUGUAAUAUGUAACGGCACAGCUAGUUUUUAUUGAUUUGGAUAAUAAAGUUGAUCAAGUAUAAUUAAUCACGAACACAAAAUAAAUGAGUACAUACAUUGAUCAUGAAAAUAUUAAUUUGAAAAGAUCAUUGUAUUUCAAAGACAAAAUGUAAUACCUUUAAAAAGUGGAGGGAAAAAAUAUAUAAAACAUAAGAGAAUUAUUCUGUAAUAUAUUAUAUUAUUAUUAUAAGUAUCAUGAUUAUUAUGAUAAUUAUUAAUAUUAUAUUAUCAUAUUAAGCAACUCUUGUUUCUCUUUCAUCCUUGCAAUUGCUUUGUGUGUUCAACCCUAGACCUUAUAGAUAGAUAGCAGUAGCAUUUCAAUAGGAAGCUGUAGGUGCUUAACAGGAUUAAAAAAGAAAGCCUAUUUUCUUAUCUCACAAAAAGGUUCAAAAUACAUCUUUUUUUACAACGAAAACCCUUUUGAGAUUGUCAGAAGUCCCCCUUGGUCUAUGUUCUGAUUCUCCACCCUUCUCCUAAAGUGUGCACUUGCACACUCCCAGUCAUUUAAAUAGAUGGGUUUGGUGUAGGCAUUGGCUGGAGGUAGUUUCCACCAUUGCGAAAUCCAUGCAAGAAAGAAAACAGGAAAAGAGUGAAGAAUCAGGAUGUAACCUUGGUGCUCUGGCUUGAUAGGAGUGCUUUCAGGGUCCUGAGGGUGCCUUUAGGUGACAGCUAUCUUUACCUCCCUUUAGUAUUCUUCUCUUCUAUGCCACAUUAUAUGGGCUUCAUUAUGCUUCAUAAUGGCUUCAAACAGCUUUGCUUGUCGUUUAUCUUGUGAGUCGUGUUUAUGUGCGCAGUGCCAAAAGUGUCGGGCAUCAUGAUGAGAACUGGGCCUGUAUUUAUAAAGUGGCUCUGAGUAGGAGUGCUGAUCAAGGAUCAGGGCCCGUAUCCACAAAGCAUCUCUAUGUAGAAGUCCUGAUCUAGGAUCUGUCCAUACAAUUUUAUUCAUGAUGAUCUGAAAUACAAAACAGAUCCUAGAUCAGAACUCCUGCUCUGGGAUUCUAAGCAUUUCGCCUCCUGCUUUAACAUCUGCUAAUCUGUGUAUGCGACAAAUUAACUUUGAUUUGAAUUUUUAUGUUAGAUGCUUAGUGGAUGCAGGCACAGUUCCCCCCGGUCUAUAUAAUCUUAUUAAUUAUGAUAUAUAAAACUAAACUGAUCCUAGAUCAGCACUCCUACCCCUUUAUGAAUACAUGCCUUAAAGGUGGAGGAAGGCAGCGGCCCCCUCAGUCUAACCUCACCUGGUACUAAAGUCCCACCCAGAGAUAUGUAUAUCCUGGCUCUGGUCCCACCCCUGCCCUUCUACUCUACCAACACCCCGCUCUCCCCCACCCACACCCCUCCAGGACUACUCACCUCACACACACUAGUACAGAUAGGUGAGGGAACUGGGGUAGGGAGAGAACUUUAUUUUAUUUGUUUAAUUUCAGAAGGAAGAAACAGCGUAUUUAAAGUGCUGACUGCCUUUUUAACAACUAUUAAAACAAUGUACAGAAAAAUAAAUAAAUAAAAAAGGUUGAUAUUGUACAGAUAUUAUGGUGACCAGCACUCCUAAAGAAAUUAAUGAAGCAAUGAGGAGAUAUUGAACUCUGUACUAUAAAAAUUCUGUAACAAUAUUGAUGAAGCUGAUGAAAAAUAAAAAAUCCUUGAUCAAUUAUGUAAAACAA